AUGAAUAACUUUACUGUAGAACAGUUGGUUCAACAACUACAAGAAGAACGCGAGAAAACCAGUGCUGCAUCUAAUCGUUAUCAGAGUCUUCAACAAGAGUUGCAAGAAGCAAAAACCUUCAAUGCUUCUUUGGUGAAGAGUUUCGACUCUGUGGAGAAGCAAGCGUUACAUUUGAGAAAACAAAAGGACCAGCUUGAGUCAAAUAGUAAAAGUUUUCAACAGAAAAACAGCGACUACAUUGAUCAAAUAGAGCUAGCGUUGAGUGACGUUCAACUUGGAGACAUGAGUAUUGGUGAUCUCAACCGGCUUCACAGUGUAUACCUCAACGAACUCACCAGAGUGAAUCGAUACCUUAGCAAGCUUACCAACAAGGAUAAGGAUUAA